AUGGCAUCCAAUGUGCAUGCUCUGACGAAUGAAUCCUUCGCAACCACGGCCGUGGUGGCGUUGGAAGAAGAGCACCUUCCGGAGAACAUAUCCACGUUGGAAAUAGUGAAAAAGUUUAUUGUGACAGGUAUCCCCCUCACUGUGGCCACACUCUCGCAGUUCUCUAUUAUUACCGUCAUACUUGCCAUCGUAGGAAGGAUGUUGGGGGUGAAUGAACUUGGAGGGGCCUCAUUGGCACUUGGACUUAUUAAUGCGACGGCAUUUGCGUUUGCAGCCGGCUCCUGUGGGGCGCUUGAGACUGUCCUAUCUCACACGUAUGGUCGUUAUAAGUCCGGUGGAGAGGGAGGUACGAUGUAUAUGUAUGGCACCUACGUUCAGCGUAUGCUUAUUAUUUUGAUUUUUGUUAGCAUCCCUCUUGGAGUAAUUUUGAUAUAUGCUGAUGCAUUUUUGGAGUAUAUUGGGCAGAGUGAGGAGGUUGUGUAUUACACUGGACGUUUUUGCCGCAUCGCAGCUUUUGGUAUCCCAAGUACACAGGUUUUUCAAGUGAUUGGCCGUUAUUAUGCCUGCCAACAUGAGACGCGACCCCUUUCAGUGGUGAUGAUCGCAGCAUCUUUCUUUAACCCCGCCUCUCAAGUAUUGCUAAUUUAUUGGUUUGGUUUUGAAGGUUCCCCUGUGGCAUGGUUGUUGUUGUUUACUUUUAUUGACGCGGCUCUAAUUGCGCACGCCUAUUGGACAGGGCUUUAUAAGAAGACUUGGGGCGGCUGGGACAGAAAUGCACUUAAAAAUAUUAGUGCUCUUGUGAACUUGGCCGUUCCAUCAAUGGCAAUGAUGAUGAGUGAGUGGGUCGUACUGGAGGUGAUUUCCAUUUGUGCCGGGUUUGCGGAGCCUCACGAAUUGGCCGCGUUUGCUAUUACGAUGCAGGUGUUUGGCGUCUGUUGGAGCAUCGCAUCUGGGACGAUGAUUCUUGUCUGCGUACUCAUCGGCAACGCCAUUGGUGAAGGUAAGCCGUUGCUUGGAAGGCGCAUUGCCAACGUGGCCAUCGCGAUCGUGUCUGUCACUGCUAUAUUUGAUGUUACGCUCUGUUGGCUUUUAGAGGAUCGCAUCCCUUUCCUUUUUACGUCAGAGGAAAAGGUGGUUGUGGUGUAUCGCCGUCUGCUGCGCUACGUCCUGCCGUAUCAUCUGUUUGAUACCUUUCAAAGUACGGUCAUGGGAAUUCUGCGUGGGUGUGGGCUACAAAAGCUUGGGGCAAUUAUUAUCGGUUCCGCACUCUGCCUAGUGGGGGCGCCGGUGGCGUUUUUCCUCUUUUUCCACGUUAAGUAUGGUGUGGAGUCCCUUUGGAUUGGCCCAUUCUUUGGCGUGGUGGUGCUGGGGUGCCCGUCGUACGUCUACCUUCUCUACUGGCACAUUGAUUGGCCGAACUUGAAGCCACACCAAGAGGAGUCGAACGUCGUGCUGGAGGAGUUGUCGGAAGCCGUGGAGGAAGCGGAAGUAACGGUCGAGUCGGGGGAGGGCGCCGUGCAGCGCUCUGAGGCUGACGCGGCCAAGGAGCAUGAGGAGGCAAAAUAA